UGAGAGGAGUCCAGGGCUUGGAUCCCUCCUCCUUUUCCCCCUCCUCCUCCUCCUCCUCUGCCCUCCCUCUCCUGGAGUCCCUCAGUGUUCAGGAAUGUGGCGAGCCGGCUGCUGGCCGGAGAAGGAAGGCAAGGAGCUGGGGAAGCUGGCCAGGAGGUCUUCCUCCUCCCCCUGCUUUUCUCUGGGCUGUUUCUCCCCACCAUGGCUCUGCUGGACGGUGGGCUCUUCCCUUCUGGGAUCAGCUGGGUUUUGUGAAGGUACCGCCUGCUCCUUGCCCCCCAGAAGCCCCCCAUGCCUCUCCUCCAAGGCGGGGGCUGCUAGAAGGGUCCCCAAAGCAAAGGCGCCUGGGCUGCUGGAGUGGAGAUUAAAGGAGCAGCGGAGAGCGGCGCCCAGGAGCUCUCCAGGGUGCUGAAACCUGGCGGCUGAAGACCACAAAGCGGUCCGAGCAACUGAGGCGCACCUCAAGCGGCGCCGAGGAGCUCUCCAGGGUGCUGAAACCUGGCUCCUGGCGGACGGCGCUCAGGCUGAACUCUAUCUCCCUCCUGCUUGCUUUCGCCUUGGCUAUCUCUCCUCCCUCAUGACUGGCAGAGGGGCUCCUUGGAAGGGCUGGUAGAUGCCUCUCCAUAUCAUGGCCCGGAUCCCAUACCUGAGGGCAGUGGUGUCGGGAUUCUACCUGUGGGAAGCUGCCCUGCUGCUCAGUUUGGUGGCCACGAAAGAAACAGACAGUGCAAGAUCUCGUAGCAUGCCAAUGUCCCCGUCGGAUUUCCUGGAUAAAUUAAUGGGUAGAAUGUCUGGCUACGAUGCAAGAAUCAGGCCAAACUUCAAAGGGCCUCCAGUAAAUGUCACAUGCAACAUCUUUAUAAACAGUUUUGGAUCCAUUGCAGAAACAACUAUGGAUUAUCGAGUGAACAUCUUUCUCCGACAGAACUGGAAUGAUCCACGUCUUGCUUAUAGUGAAUACCCAGAUGACUCUUUAGAUUUAGAUCCAUCUAUGCUGGACUCUAUUUGGAAGCCAGAUUUGUUCUUUGCCAAUGAAAAGGGUGCAAACUUUCAUGAAGUCACAACAGAUAACAAGUUGCUACGAAUUUUUAAAAAUGGAAAUGUUCUUUAUUCAAUCAGACUGACUUUAAUACUCUCCUGUCCAAUGGAUCUCAAAAAUUUCCCAAUGGAUGUCCAAACAUGUAUAAUGCAGCUGGAAAGCUUUGGAUAUACAAUGAAUGAUCUUAUUUUUGAAUGGCAAGAAAAUGGUGCUGUGCAAGUAGCAGAUGGUCUCACUUUACCACAAUUCUUGCUAAAAGAAGAUAAGGAUUUAUGUUACUGCACCAAACAUUACAAUACAGGCAAGUUUACAUGUAUUGAAGUUCGAUUCCACCUCGAAAGACAGAUGGGUUAUUAUCUCAUUCAAAUGUACAUACCAAGUCUCUUGAUUGUCAUACUGUCCUGGGUGUCAUUUUGGAUCAAUAUGGAUGCAGCUCCAGCCAGAGUUGCUUUAGGUAUAACAACUGUACUCACUAUGACAACACAGAGCUCAGGGUCACGGGCUUCACUCCCAAAGGUAUCAUACGUCAAGGCUAUUGACAUCUGGAUGGCUGUUUGCCUGCUUUUUGUAUUCUCGGCACUCCUGGAAUAUGCAGCUGUAAACUUUGUGUCAAGACAACAUAAAGAACUUUUGAGAUUUCACCGAAAGAGGAAGAAGAACAAGGAUGAUGACAUGAGAGAGAAUCGGUUCAGUUUCACAGGGUAUGGAAUGGGACCACCAUGUAUACAAGCAAAAGAUGGAGUAGCUCCAAAGGGGCCAAAUAAUCCAACUCAACCUGCACCAAAAACCCCUGAAGAAAUGAGGAAGGUGUUCAUUGAUCGGGCGAAGAAAAUUGACACCAUCUCCCGAGCUUGUUUUCCACUAGCUUUUCUGAUAUUCAACAUUUUUUACUGGGUCAUCUAUAAAAUCGUUAGGCACGAGGACAUUCACCAAAAGCAAGAUUAAGAUUUCCAGGGCAUAACAGUCUUGGUGGUACAGAUCAGUAUAAAUGUACUGAUAGGCUCACAAAGGGCAUGGAGGGGGUAAAUAAUAUUUGACUUGCUAUGCAAAGUCACAAAGAGAGAAGAAUGACAUCCUAUGAAGAUACAGUACUUGCUACAACAGUGUUUCUACUUGUUAUUAACUAGAAGUAACCUAAUUUUUCAAAGUAAAAUCACAACAUUCUAGACUAAAACUCUACUGCCAACAAAUUUAUACAUAGUGUUACAUAAUGGUACAGCAUUCUUUGAUGUUCCUUGCUACAAUUUUUAAUUCAAUGUAUUUUUCAAAUCUAUCAAAGGAAAUUCCAGAUGUCUUUAGACAAGUGCCAUACUAACAAAGUUGCUAUUACACUUUUAACUCUCCUUUAAAUUUACAAGCAAAUAUUUGCCUUCGUCUUAAUUCUGAAAAAUGUAGCUAUUUGUUCAAGAGAUUUCCCUUUUAAGUGAUGACGCAUGUUUUCUAGAUUUAAGGGUACUGUCAGUGGCUUUUCUAAUAAGCACAGGACACAUUAUAGGCUAUAGUUUACAAAGAGAAACUUCCUACAGAAUAUUUCAUAGUGAGGAAAACCACAAACCACUAAGUCAAUGAGAUCCCAUUGAUUUUUCUAGUCAUGCUGCAGUGCUAUUCUGAAAUAAGCCAUGUGCUGAAUUGAUCAAAAUCCUUUUUAAAAUAGUGUUUUUGAUUCCAGUGAUAGUUCCCAGCCGUGUCACAAAUUAGUAUAACGCAGUCCGGUGACAGUAUUUCAAUAAGCCAGAGAAGGAUAAUUAAGUUAACAAGUAUUGAAACUGUGGGAAAUUGAUGGAAAAAUUAUUGCCUACUAAUAUACAUACUCAUUAGAAAGUGCUUAUCCUUAAGAUCACUGCAACAUACUUCCAUGUAAACAUGCUUAAAAUUAGCCUGCAAGUUCCAUCCCUCACUGAUGGGGGAGAAAUGCAUAAUUGCCUUUUGAGACAUUUGUUUUCAGCUCUAAGCCAAAUCUCAAUGUAUUUUGGCAUAGUAAAUAUCCCAAAAUGCAUCCACAUGUUUGGUGUCAGAAUGGAUACAUAAGUCUGUUUUGGUGAGUCUUGUUCAAAAACUCCAAUGAGACCCCCCCCC